AUGAAUAUUCAUUUUGUAAAGGUCACGUGCGAUAUCCCGGUUGCAAGUUUCAAAAGCAUCUCGACCAAUUGCUGAUGACAUGUUAUGUUAAGAAUUAAAGGUUCAAUCGGAAAAGAAGAAAAACUGUCUCAUCGCUAAACUUCCGAAAUCUGAACAAGUGACUCGGAGCUGAUAUUUCUUUGGCUUGUUAAAAAAAAAUAGGAGCCCAAUGAAUAUGACAUCCUUGAGUGAGUUACCCCCAGCCCACCCAGGAUAUCAUACGGAGGGGACCAGGGCGAGUCCCAGCCCCGCUUCGCUGACCGAAAUGAUAAGUCGGAACAAAUUCUUGGAAGCUGCUAUUCCGAAGUGUGCCGGGUGCGGGGAGCCGAUCUUGGACCGCUUCAUCCUGAAGGUCCUGGAUAGGUCGUGGCACUCCCGCUGUCUGCAGUGCCACGAUUGUCACGUCAGACUGAGCGACAAGUGCUUCUCAAAAGGAGAAAAGGUUUUCUGCAAAGAUGACUUCUUCAGACGGUAUGGUACAAAGUGUGCUGGCUGUGAGAAGGGUAUUCCCCCAACGGAAGUGGUACGCAGAGCGCAGGACAACGUCUAUCAUUUGGAAUGUUUUUCUUGUUUGAUGUGUAACCGGCAGUUAAACACAGGGGAUGAGUUUUACUUGAUGGAGGAUCGGAAACUGGUCUGUAAAGCCGAUUACGAGUCUGCUAAGGCCAGGGGAAUCAAUGAAUACGACAUAGAUGCCGCUAACAAGCGGCCAAGAACAACUAUAACAGCAAAACAGCUAGAGGCCCUAAAAAGAGCCUACAACGAAAGCCCUAAACCUGCACGUCACGUGAGAGAACAGCUGAGUGCAGAAACAGGAUUGGACAUGCGUGUUGUGCAGGUCUGGUUUCAAAAUCGCCGCGCUAAAGAGAAGCGACUCAAGAAAGACGCAGGUAGAAACAGAUGGAGUCCUUACUUUAGACAGUUAAAACGCAAUGGUGACCAAGAUAGUUCGAAUAGUGCAGACGACAGAUCAGACAUUUGUCUUGACGAUGAUGAUAUGGAUGAUUUGGAUGAAUCAAUCAGCCAGUCGGGAAGACUGUCCGGGGAUAUAUUUAGUUCGGGCUCGGGACAACCUAUGGACAGGGAACCAAACAUGGGAAAUGUGCCGGUUGUCCCCCCAGAAUCGCCAUCAAUGGAAUCUUGGUCCCAUUUUGGAAACGUUCCAAAUAGCCAGAAUUUUCUCGGUCGUCAUUCUCCCAAUAUCUCCAUGUCAAAUUCACAUUUACUCCCCAUGGACCCCUUGCCCAUGAUGGGUGGUCCGUCCAGUGUAGCUAGACUGAUGGGAGGCGAUUUAAACGAUAAUUCACAAGGAUAUUCCGAGUACUCGUCAAAUUCAAAUCAUAAUCACGUAGAAGCUUAUUGAAACCAUAUGGAAAGGCAAUCUCUUACCAGAGAGCGUGCUCCUCUUACACCUCUGUUGUCGUCUAAAAAGUAGUUCGGAUUGUAAAAUAUUUAAAUGGCAGCAAAAAUUGUAAAAACAUUGAUUGUUUUGUGUGUUUUGCCAAUGGUGUUACGUGUUUAGGCUCUUUGGUAGUAAAUAUUUUCUAACGUUGUCUCCUUGAUUUCAAAAUGAAAAUGUGUGUAAAAAUUCAAAACAAAAUAGUGCCGUAUAUAUUGAAGCUAUUUUAAUAUAAAUCCAAAUUUUGAAAGAACGAAAGAAGAGCAACAGAUUGAUUUUUUCUAAUUUCAUUUUUAAAAAUUACCAAAUUGGUGGGAAUCUAUUUUUUAUUUUUGUUUUACAAGAUUCUUGUAAUUUAGACGGUAACAGAGGUGUUGGAGCGGAGCGUAAAAACGCCCCCUGGUGAGAGAUUGAUGUAAAGGAUGAUAAGAAUAUUUUCAUCAGCUUCAAUGUGACUUUUUAAAUUACAUUCCCAUGUACAAAUUUUUUUAAAGUCGUGAUUAAUAGCUUUUGCAAUGGUGUGUAAUGACAAGAGAAAAUAUUAUAUUAUUUCUAUAUUUAUACACAACACUUAUUUGUCGCGAAACAGACUCAAGGAUUAAAACUUUUAUUAUUAAAGUACAGAUUGUUUCAAUGGCUUUCAUGUAUUUUAGAUAUAGCGCAGGUCCCGUUUGUAUUUCUAGUCUUAUUGUCCCCCUUGGUGUGUGCAAUAUUUAUUUUGAAUUUUAUGGAGGAAUAUGCUUUGUUAUUUAUUGUGAUUUUUUUCUCUUUCAAUAUUUAUUUAAAACUUUUAUUGUUAUUUUAAUUCACUUUUAGAGAACAUAAAUUAAUUCACUGCUCACCUUUCAUCAAAUAUCUACAUUUACGAUAUAUGAUUCCUGCUUGAGCUAUGAAUUUAUAAGUAAUAUUUUACAUUUUUAUGUCUUCUAAAAGAUAAUUUUAUUUAUUUCUUCUUACUGUAUAAUUUAAUUAUUAAAUACCUGAUAAUCAAUAAGGACGCAGCGUAUUAAAGAUAAUUAAACGUAAAUCUGCAAAUUAAUUCCGUUUACAAUACUUCGUAUAUCAUAUUUUAAUUUUACUUCUUAAGACAAAAAACGGCUUUUCUUUAAAAAAUAUAUUAUCAGCGUUCUUUUUAUUAAUUUUGAAAUCAAUACAAGAUGCUU